AAUCCCUCCUAAAAGGUACAAACUACGGCAGACCACAGCAACCAAAGAACCAGGGGACCAAGGGACCUCUCCUUUCCCAAUACGCGACAUCCACAUCAUUUCCGAGCGCCCUUUCCAACUCUCAAGCCAAAAAGUCGAAAGCAACUCGUUCGUUCAACAAUUCCAGCAUCGACAACCCCAACAGCCACGUUGCUGAAAUAACCUCAAACUCGAACUUCAUACUGCUCAAUUGCUACCUUCGGUAUGGAAGCUGCCACGACUCCCAAGGGAGCUUCUCCUCCGCUUGAGAUGCCUCAGAGCGUCGCAUCCAGCGACCCAAAGAUUGCCGCACAGCAGGCCAGCGACAUGCGCAACAUUGUCCGCAGAAAGCUCACUGGUUACGUCGGAUUCGCAAACCUGCCGAAUCAAUGGCACCGCAAGAGUGUCCGCAAGGGCUUCAACUUCAACGUUAUGGUUGUUGGUGAAUCUGGUCUCGGAAAGUCGACUCUGGUCAACACUCUCUUCAACACCUCGUUAUACCCUCCCCGCGAGCGCAAGGGACCCAGCCUCGACAUCAUCCCCAAGACUGUUGCCAUCCAGUCUCUCAGCGCGGAUAUUGAGGAGAACGGCGUCCGUCUUCGCCUGACUGUUGUUGAUACCCCUGGAUUUGGUGACUUCGUCAACAACGACGAGUCAUGGAGACCAAUCGUCGAUAACAUCGAGCAGCGCUUCGACGCCUACCUCGAUGCCGAGAACAAGGUCAACCGCAUGAACAUCGUUGACAACCGCGUCCACGCUUGCGUCUACUUCCUCCAGCCAACUGGCCACUCCCUCAAGCCACUUGAUAUCGAGGUUAUGCGCAGACUUCAUACCAAGGUCAACCUUAUCCCAGUCAUCGCCAAGGCUGAUACCUUGACCGACGAGGAGAUUGCUGCUUUCAAGGCCAGGAUUCUUGCCGAUAUCAAGUACCACGACAUCCAGAUCUUCGAGGGUCCCCGUUACGAGCUCGAUGACGACGAGACGAUUGCCGAGAACAACGAGAUCCUGUCCAAGGUUCCUUUCGCAGUUGUCGGAGCUACCGCCGAGAUCACCAGCGCCGAUGGCCGCAAGGUCCGCGGACGUCGCUACCCGUGGGGUAUCAUUGAGGUUGACAACGAGGAGCACUGCGACUUCGUCAAGCUCCGCCAAAUGCUCAUCCGCACACACAUGGAGGAGCUCAAGGAGCACACCAACAACGCGCUCUACGAGAACUACCGUUCCGAGAAGCUCACUGGUAUGGGUGUUGCACAGGACCCCAGCGUGUUCAAGGAGGUCAACCCCGCUGUCAAGCAAGAGGAGGAGCGCAGCCUGCACGAGCAGAAGCUCGCCAAGAUGGAGGCAGAGAUGAAGAUGGUCUUCCAGCAGAAGGUUGCCGAGAAGGAGAGCAAACUGAGGCAGAGCGAGGAGGAGCUAUACGCUCGCCAUCGCGAAAUGAAGGAGCAGCUCGAGCGCCAACGUAUGGAGCUCGAGGAGAAGAAGUCCCGGAUCGAGAGCGGGCGACCGCUGGAAGAGAAGGGCAAGAGGAACAAGUUCUCGCUGCGUUAAAGGAUACCCGUCUUUGCAUCUCGCACACCGUCGACAAUCUCGAUCUCAUAACGAAACGAACAGACACACUCUUCUUUUUGUUCCUUGUAAUUUUUCAAGCGACAUUAAUUCCUCGAAUGACGACGGCGAAUGAGGUGUAUCUUACGCGGGGCGCAAUUUCAGCUCCCCCCAGGCCCUGUUCUGCGGCAUGCUUCUUACCAGUUUCUUAAACCUUGCUCUCCCUCUCUCAACACUCUCUACUGGAACCAGGCGGAAUAGGCGGGCGCGAUGAAAAGGCACUUGGCGGGGGGGACACACGGGGUGGAAUAGAAACUUGGAGGAGGAGACGUUUGCGUCUUCCUCCAACAAAAAAGAGACGGGGCUGUUCUUGUUGUCUUCACGGAAAACGAAGAAUUAAUAUUGGCCCUUGCCACUUCUCGCUGCUAUUCUAACCCGACUUGCUUCCCUGGGACCCCCGGGAUCGCCUUUUUCGUUGUUUUAUUGUUUUAUUUUUGCUUGUGCUUCUUUAGCUAACUAACUACUACCUCUGCUUUUUUUUGUUUUCUCUUUUUUUUUUGUACGUUUUGUGGAGCCCUUGAAAAUGCAAUGGAUGGGAAGGGGGAGGGUGCUUGAGUGGUGAGGACGUGUGUGUAAUUGCUACGAUAGCUCAAGAGAUCUCUGUUUUUGUGAUUAUGAGGCUGGGUGGCUGGCUUUGUCUGGCUGGUAUGAGAGGUUUUGAGUUGUGACUGUGACGUGCG